CAAAAUAAUCAAAAUCAUUCAUAUUUUUCCUAUUUUCCGCAGUAACCAGUUGUCGUAUCUGUCAAGAGCGUCAAGUGUCAAACUCAAAACGUCAAUUGAAAUUGUCCUUCCAAAAUCGUGCAAAUUUUGGGUUUCGAUUUUGUUUAAAGCGAACACCGAAAUCAAAUAAAAUGGCAAUAAGUUUAUUGAAUCCGAAAGCCGAAGUGGCGAGAGCCGCUCAAGCGUUGGCCGUUAACAUAACAGCCGCCAAAGGUAUUUCCGAAGUGAUGAAAACGAAUUUGGGACCGAAGGGUACAAUGAAAAUGUUGGUCUCCGGCGCCGGCGACAUUAAAAUAACGAAAGACGGCAACGUCCUUUUGCACGAAAUGCAAAUCCAACACCCUACGGCCUCGUUGAUAGCAAGAGCCUCGACAGCCCAAGACGAUAUGACCGGAGACGGAACCACAUCGACAGUCCUAGUAAUCGGGGAGCUCCUCAAACAAGCCGACAUUUACAUCGCCGAAGGUCUGCACCCCAGAACCCUCACCGAAGGCUUCGACAAAGCGAGAGCCAAAGCCCUCGAAGUACUGGAGAAGCUGAAAAUACCCAUCGACAUCAACAAGGAAUCGUUAACCGACGUUUGUCGAACGAGCUUACGAACGAAACUGCACCGAAAUUUGGCCGACUUACUGACCGACGUGUGCGUCGAGGCCAUCCUCGCCAUCAAGCAAUCGGACGAGCCGGUCGAUUUGCACAUGGUGGAGCUGAUGGAGAUGCAGCACAAGACCGAAACCGAUACGCAACUGGUCAAAGGGCUGGUGCUCGACCACGGCGCCCGCCAUCCCGACAUGCCCAAGAGCCUGCGGAACUGCUACAUUCUCACCUGCAACGUCAGCAUGGAGUACGAGAAGAGCGAAGUCAAUUCGGGCUUCUUCUACAAGACCGCCGAAGAAAGGGAGAAGCUCGUGCUGGCCGAGCGCGAUUUCAUCGAGCAGCGCGUCAAGAAGGUGAUCGAAUUGAAGAAGACCCUUUGCAAGGGCAACGACAAGUCGUUUGUCGUGAUAAACCAAAAGGGUAUCGAUCCCAUGAGCUUGGACAUGCUGGCCAAAGAGGGCAUCGUAGCCCUGCGAAGGGCCAAGAGGCGUAACAUGGAACGAUUGGCUCUGGCCUGCGGUGGAAUAGCCGUGAACAGUUUCGAUGAUUUACAAGAAUCUCAUCUCGGUUACGCCGGGCACGUGUACGAGCACGUAUUGGGCGAGAACAAAUACACGUUCGUCGAGGACUGCAAAGUGCCCCAAUCGGUGACGAUUCUAAUGAAGGGCCCCAACAAGCACACUCUGUUGCAGAUCAAAGACGCCGUCAGAGACGGUUUAAGGGCUAUCAAUAACGCCAUCGACGACAAGGCUCUUGUUCCGGGCGGCGGGGCUUUGGAAGUGGCCGUAAACAAGGCGCUGCUGGCGUACAAGGACGAGAUCAAGGGCAAAGCCCGAUUGGGCGUCGCCGCCUACGCCGAAGCCAUGCUGGUGAUUCCCAAAACUCUGGCCGUUAAUUCCGGUUUCGAUGCGCAGGAUACCAUCGUGAAGCUGCAGGAGGAGGCUCGACUCAGUUCGGAACCGAUCGGGCUCGAUUUGACGUCGGGCGAACCGAUCAAUCCCAAAGACGCGGGAAUCUACGACAACUACGUGGUGAAGAAGCAGAUUAUCAAUUCGUGUUCGAUAAUCGCCAGCAACUUGUUGCUCGUAGACGAGAUUAUGAGGGCCGGUAUGAGCAGCUUGAAGGGCUAAUUUAAUCGAAUUUCGUAUUAACUU